ACGAGGGGAGGGGCAGGGGAUGGCAGAGGCAACAAGAGGCUGGCACAAGGAUGGAGGGGACAAAGGGGAUCUCUCAGGGGCAGAGGGCCACCCCAGAAGGCCGUAAAUGCCACCAUGUCCCUCUUACCUCCCCUGUCCCCUCCCCAGCUGUUCCUGGCCCUGCUGCAGCCACCGGUCUCAGUGGUGGCCAUCCUGGGCGAGCUGCUGGCCACCCUGCCCAGGCAGAAUGAGUUGAUUCUGCUCAAGUCCUUAGGGCAGCUGUACUUGGACCUGGACAAAUUCACCAUGGACCUCAGGGAGACUGUAGGGUGCAUUUGUCAUAUCUGGUGGCGUGGCGAUGUCACCUGCGAUGAUGAUUUCUCUCCAACCUCCCUGAGCGGGGCCCUGGUUGUCUACAAGAGCACCCCAUGGACCAUAUGGUUCCAUGUGGCAAUGGUGGCCAGCAACUGGCAGGGGAUGGUGGCUGACCUUGUGAAGAGCUGGGCGCAGCUGGCCGGGAGGGCCACCCAACUCCGCAACACCUGCAGGAGGGUGGUCAAUGAGGCAGCCACCAAGGUGGCCAUCCCCACGGCCCGGGCCAGGGAGCUGCAGGACAAGGCUGCCCAUGAUGGGACAGCUCAGGAAAACAUGGUAGAGCUGGGUCAGGCACAAGGUGGGGAGGAGGGGGCCGAGGGUGCACAUGAAACCCGGGUGAAGAGAGAUGCCAGGGUGGCUGCCAGCUGGGCAGCCAAGUACACCAUGGUGAGACAGCGGGUGGACGUGGCCCUGGGGCUGCUGGAGGGCUUGGUGGCCGCGUGUGACGAAGCCACCGCCUUCCCCCGGGAGCUGCAGUGCCGGCUCGAGGACAUCCAGGCCGCCAUGAAGGGGACAAAUGAGGCAUCCCCCGAUGUCCCCGAGGACUUGGUGGCCAAGGUGGCCAUAGUCGAGGGGCUGAGGGAGGCCAACGCCCGCCUGGCCAAGGAUCACCUGGUGGGGACAGUUGAUGACAUCAUCGACUUCUAUUUUGAUGGUGAUCCCACCAGCCCCACUGGGGUGGCCGAGCGGUGCCGAAGAGCCACCGAGGACAUCCCAAGGCUCCUUCGACCCCCGGAGCGUCCUCAGAGAAUCCCCAAGGUGUCCCCAGUGAGCAUGGAGCCCCAAGAGCUGUCCCCGGCCCUGCUGCAGCCACAGGUCACUGUGGUGGCCAUCCUGGGUGAGCUGCUGGCCACCCUGCCCAGGCGGGACAAGGUGAUUUUGCUCGAGUCCUCAGGGUGCCUGUACUGGGACCUGGUAGCCUUCACCGAGAAGCUCCGAGUCACCCUGUAUUGCAUUGAUGACACCUGGUGGCCUGGCAAUGUCACCUCCGAUGAAGAUGACCCUCCCACCUCCCUGAGCCAGGCCCUGGAUGCCUACGAGAGCACCAAAUGGACCACCUGGGACCGUGUUACAUCGGUGGCCAGCAAGUGGCAGGGGUUGGUGGCUGUAGUUGAGGAGAGCUGGGCCCGGCUGGCCAGGGCAGCCACCAAGCUCCACAACACCUGCAGGGAGGUGGUCACUGAGGCGGUAGAGAUGGCAGCCACGGCCACCACCCAGGCCACGGAGCUGCAGGACAAAGCUGCCUGUGAUGGGACAGCUCAGGAAAACAUGGUGGGGCUGGGUCAGGCACUUGGUGGGGAGGAGGUGGCCGAGGUGGUGGCCGGGCAUGAAGCCUGGGUGAGGAGAGAGCCCAGGGUGGCUGCCAGCGAGGCAACAAGGGCCACCAUGGUGAGACAGUGGGUGGAGGAGGCCCUGGGGCUGCUGGAGCGCUUGGUGGCCGCGUGUGACGAAACCACCGCCUUCCCCCGGGAGCUGCAGCGCCUGCUCAGGGACAUCAAGGCUUCUGUGAAGGAGACAUAUUUUGAAACCCCUGCUGUCCCUGAGGACUUGGUGGCCAAGGUGGCCGUGGCCGAGCGGCUGUGGGAGGCCAAUGCCCGCCUGGUCAAGGAUCACCUGCUAGGGGCAGUUCCAGACACCAUCAAGUUCUAUUUCACUGGUGGUCCUGGCAGCCCCAGUGCCUAUGGGGUGGCCGAGCGGUGCCAAAGAGCCAUCGAGGACAUCCCAAGGCUCCUUCAAUCCCCGGAUUGUCUCCAGAGUGUCCGCAAGGCAUCCUCACUGAGCAUGGAGCUCCAAGAGGUGUCCCCUCCUCAGUUGCAGGCGCUGGUGGCUGUGGUGGCCACCCUGGGCAAGGUGGUGGCCACUGUGACCGGGCCACACUGGGGCAAGUUCCUGCACCCAUCUCCAGACUCCCUGCAUGAGGACCUGAAGAACUUCACCCAGAACCUCUGUAAGAUUCUGUACCAUGGUGAUGUCACCUCCCUGGGCCACCGUGGUGUCACCUCCCUGGGCCGGGCCCUGGCCGCCCUCAGGGCAACCCCUGACACAACCUGGGCUGAUGUCAGAGCCGAGGCCAGCGCCUGGUGGGAGUCAGUGGCCAAGCUUGUGGACAACUGUGACCAGCUGGCCAGGGAGGCCACCAAGCUCCGUGACGCCUGUGGGAAGGUGAUCAUGGACCAGCACCUGAUGGUGGCCCUGGACACGAAGGAGGUGGCCUGGGAAAUGGCCACGCAUGAUGCCCAGGUGGCAGCAGUCACCAACAAGGCCAUGGGAAAGGCUGUGGUGGCCACCAGGAGGGGACAUUGGACCGAGGUGGCCCUGGGACCACUGGAGCGCUUGGUGGCUGCGUGUGACAAAGCCACCUUGUUCAACUGGAACAUGGAGUGCCGGCUCAGGGACAUCGAGGCCGCCCUGAAGGGGACAAAUGAGGUGUCCCCUGAUGUCCUCCAGGACUUGGGGGCCAAGGUGACCAAGUUUGAGUGGUUGUGGGUGGCCAGCGCCCGCCUGGCCAAGGAUCACCUGCUGGGGACACUUGGGGUCAUUUACAACAUCCUCUUGAGUCCCUGUGGUGACCAUGGUGACCCCAUUGGCCCCAGCAGCCACGCAGUGGCCAAGCAGUGCCAAAAAGCCAUUGAGGACAUCCCAAGGCUGCUGUGGGGACAGUGAUACCACCACUGUGACCUCACUGGGGCAAUGAUGUCACUGGAGAGUCUUGUGGACACUCGAGUGCCACCAGCUCCUCAUGUCACCAAGAGACCUUUGAAUGCCCACCAGCCUGGGACAGAACGGGUGCCACCGGGCUGGUGGUACUGCCAUCUCCCUGGUGCCACCUGUGCGCUGUCCCCAAGUCCCUGCAUCCCCACAGAGGGGACACAGGGGUGGUGGGAGGGGACAGGGGGUCUCUAAGGGAUAGAGGGGACAGCAGAGCCCUCAAGGGAGGGGACAAGGGGAACCCCGGGAGGUCACAAGUGCCACCAGGUCCCUGACACCUCCCCUCUCCUCUCCCCAGCUGUCCCCUCCACAGCUGGAGUUGGUGAUGGACAUGGUGGCUGUCGUGGGCAAGGUGGUGGCCACUGUGACCGAGCCAUACAGGGGCAAGUGCCUGCACAAGGCCCCAAACUCCCUGCAUGAGGACUUGAGGAGAUUCACCGGGAGCCUCUGUAGGACGCUGAACAUGCCUGUGCCACCGUGGUGUCCACUCCCUGGGCCGAGCCCUGGCCACCCUUGGGGCCACCCUGGGACCACCUGGGCUGAUGUCAGAGCCGUGGCCAGUGUCUGGCGGGAGUCGGUGGCCAGGAUCAUGCACAGAUGGGCCCGGCUGGCCAGGGAGGCCACUGAGCUCCGUGCCACCUGCAGGGAGGUGGCCACUGCAGAAGCCACAGUUGCAGCCACCGCCCAGGACAGGAACUGGCAGGACACGGCCACCUGCUUGGGGACAGCUCAGGAAAACACGGUGGCCACUGAACAGGAGCUGCCACUGGCCCUUGACAGGGAGGAGGGGCCUCGGCAAUGGCUGCGCUCGAGGCCCGGGUGGUGGCGGCCACCAACAAAGGGCUGGUGUCCACCGUGGCCAUGGGAGAGGCUGUGGUGGCCAAGAGCCAGGCGAUGGCAGCCACCAGGAGGUGAAGGUGGCCCUGGGGCUGCUGGAGUGCUUGGUGGCCGCGUGUGACAAAGCCACCGCCUUUCCCCAGGAGCUGCAGCGCCUGCUCAGGGACAUCGUAAACACCACGGAGGGGACAGAGGAGGAGUCCCCCAAUGUCCCCAAGGCCUUGCCAGCCAAGGUGGCCAUGGCCAAGUGGCUUUGGGUGGCCAAUGCACACCUGGCCAAGGAUCACCUGCUGGGGACACAUGAUGACAUCAACCACAUCUUCAGUUCUGAUGCCAACAGCUCCAGUAUCCGUGUGGAGACCAAAAAGUGCCAAAAAGCCAUUGAGGAUAUUGUGAAUUUGCUGCAGGGAUGGUGAUGUCACUGCCGUGACAUCAUGGGGGCAGUGACAUCAUGGGAGACGUUGCUGCUCUCACCUGUCCCCUCCCCGUGCAAUAUUUGAGACAAAUUUGGGGAAUUUUCUGGGAAUUUUCAUUGAUACUGUUGCAAAUCUUGAUGGGAACUUGUGGGGUGACGUCACCGGGGACAGUGUAGGAACACUCUGAGGACACUCAGGAACACUCAGGGACAGGGGUGACUGAGUCCCCUCAGCAGCUUCCCACUUUCCACUGUGCCUGCAGCAGAGCUGGGACAUAAACGACAAUUUUAAAAUUGCCUUCUGCAGUUCUGCGUUGGCUUUUGCACUUUUCUAUUGCCUUUUGCUUACUGUUAUUAUUCAACAGCAAUUUGAUAUGGUGUUUGAUACUGAUAUUGAUUGUCAGUGAUUCCUUGUAGCUGCUGGUUGGUGCAAUAAAAUCUAUCAGUUCAUGUGUGCACCGUACAGCCUCUAAAUAAAUUAAUUAAUUGAAUAUUUUAUUAACUAAUAUUCUCUAUAUAAAUCAGAGCGGGCUGAUCUGAACUCUGUGUCAGACACAUUACCUGACCCCACUGAGAGACGAGUGGUCAAUAAAGCCACCCCAACAUUCCUCGAGGGGAGAACAGCCAGGGAGCUGCUUCACUGAGGUAUAUCCCCUUGGAAACCCUGGGUGGGAUGCAAAUACACCCGAGCAGUUGGCAAAAUCAAAAUUAUAUCAAAUCCUCAUGGUAUGUGGGUUAAAACAUGGGGUCUCUAAAGCUGUAAAUUGGUGAAAGCUUUACCAAAUGAGGCCAAAUUAUGAUGAAUCUCCUACCGAUUUUUUUAAACAGGUUGAGAGAAACUGCAAACAAAUAUAUGGAUCUAGAUCCUGAACCAGCUGAUGGUAAAGCACAGCUGGUUUUGUUCUGUGUGGGUCUGGCUUCAAAUAGUACAAGAAGAAAAGAUAAAGGGAGUUCAAGAGAGAGAUAAACUCCUGGAAGUUGCCUGGAAGAUGUUUUGAGACAGGGGCCCAACUGAAAGAGUUAAUCCCAACCUAGGAGGAAAGCAGCUCAGGAAAAGUCACCCAAGAAAGCUUCCCCUGUGGAGAAGGACCAGAGUGCAUCCUGUAAGAAAUGGGGGCAUUGGAAAAAGGACUGUCCAGUGAUGAAAGAAAAAUCAUCAGUCGCUAUUGUAGCAGCAAUCCUCAGUGGGGAAUAACGAGCAUUGACUCCAUGAUUGCAGCAGGCUGAUCAAUCGCUUUGUUAUACCAUACUUUACUACUAAGAAAAACCCAUCACCCUUGCCAGACAGUCACAACACACACGUGGAUCCAAUUGGUCGAUCAAGCCAAACAACCAUUGCCAGUAGCCAAUUGUUCCGGUUUGAACACAAAACCAGGAAGAAACUCCCAGUCAGAAAUACAAUUUAUUCGGAAAAGGGAAAAAACCCCCAAAUAUAUGUAAUAGUACAAAAUGAAACCACUGACAGAGUGUGAAUACAACCUGACACCCUGCUUGUUAGGAUGGUGGUAGCAGUCCAGAUGAAAUGGUCUUGCUGAAGUGGUGAUCCCGAAGAAAAAAUCUGGUAGCUCUUGUCCUCUGGAAACCAGUGGGUAAGGGCUGCCUGUUCUGUCCCAAAGCCCAGAUUAUAUCCAGGUGGGGAUGCUGAGCUCCUCCCCCUGGGCUGAGCAUCUCACAAUGGGCUGAUAUCAUUCUAUGAGUUAUGAUUUGUUGGAACCCAGGACACUCCUCUGGCUGCCCUGGAGGACUCAAGACCCUGUCAGGGGACUCAGAGACCUUGGCUCGGAGUCAAAAACACCUGUGCCUUUGAUUUUAGCCCAUCGAAAAAGCUUCCAACUUUGUAUGAAGAUGUACAAGCCACAAGAGUUUGAAUAGAAUGAUAUGAAAUUGUCACAGGUUGAAAAUGCAGAAUUUUGGGGUUUAGAAUGGGAGUUCAAGAGGCAAGAUGGAGGAAUCCGGGCUUGUUCUGCCUUUCUUCUUCUGGUCCUCCAUCUUCUGCUGUGAUGGUCGCACUUUGGGAUUGGUUUAGAGGCAGACUGUCUAACAUAGGUGAUAGGUAUUGGAAAAUUAUUGUAAAUAAAGUACAUGUAGUUUUUAGUUUAAAAAGAUAACACCGUCCUGAGGGUGGUCAGUGUGCCACAAACCAAGGUCUGCUAGACCUCAGCAGGUCAGAGAAAGAAUGUCACAGAUAAGGAAAAAUAAACAACCUUGAAACCAGAGCUGAGGAAUCCCGACUCCUUCUUUGAUCACGGGGCUGGGAAAAAAGAGACUUUCCAACACCUUGGGGUCAUCUUGACCACAGAGACUCUGACACUGGCUUCCCUGGGUUGACGUGGGCUUGUCUGCCCAGGCCACUGAACAUCAGAUGUCGAAUCCCAGCCCGAGAAGAGACACACCAUUGGAGAAAGAUUCCUGAACAGACAACUUGACCUCUGCUGAGACAAGUCACUUCAAACUCGACCAGGAAAGGAGGAAUCCUGGAAGGCGCCUGGGAGUUCCUCACGUGAGAUCUGCUGGCCGGUGACCAGGAAAACCUCCAGAUUGGUUUUGCAGAUGAUGCAGCUUUUGGUAAGAGGGGUCAAAAUUAAGAACAUGAGGGGAGCUUAUUCCCAGGAGCAACUUAGCAUCUUGUCUGCCCUACAGAGCAUGAUGGCCACAUAUCCUGUGGAAAUUCCUGAGAAGGAACUCAAGGAUCUUUUGCUAUGGGUUCUCUGUCAUUACCCACAUUCAGAAUCCCAUUUGUUGUUUGGGCCAGCAGACACCUUUAUCAUUGUCCUGCUUCAGGGCAAAUUUGGAUGAAAACCCCCAAAGGGGUUCCUCUAGAAAAGCAGAUUCAAUGGCCCCUCCCCCCAACCAGUUCAGGAGAAAAUACCUCCUUGGAGAAAAGUGGAAAAAAACCUGUUUAUUAAACAAUAGAACCCAAACAAUAUUAAACAAUAAAACCUCUUGCUGAUCCAAACUCAGAGAAGUCCCUUCCCUGGACUGCAGCUUGGCUCACUCAGUCUCUGAUCAGUCCCUGCAGUGCUGGAAAUGCCGCAACCCAGGCCCGGCCUUGUGGGCCACAGGUGUGAGCUGGCGCUGCUCUUCUGGUGUUCAGUCCAGAGCAGGUUUAAACAGGUUUAAAGAAAAGGGAAAAAACCCCACAGUGCAGGGAACUUCUUUACCUCAGCUAGCUAAAAUUAACUAAAAGCAAAGGAGGGCUCCGUCCCGCUGUCUGUCCAUCCACAGACAGCACAGUGCAGGGGGAGGAAUGUGGAGGAGUGACUGCAGUUUCUGAAAGCAAACUGUGCACAUCUUCUCUUCCCCAUUCACUCUUAGAACAAGACUUAAAGGUGCAAAAGUUAUUGUUCAGUAUAAACACAACAAGACAACUGGGGAUAAAAGCAUCGUAGAGUCAACCCAGGUCAGGUGGGAUCCCUUGGACUAUGUAGCCCCACCAGCUCUGCCUCCUAACUAUCAAGCUACCCCCCACUUCCAGCCUCCUGCUUCUCAAAACCUAUCUUUAUCCUCUCCACCGAUCCCUGCUUCUCCUCUAUCUCCUUAGGCAAUCUCCAGGACAUUUUUACCUCCUCCAACGACCCCACUCCCCCAUAUAUAUCCACCCCUUGAUGCUUUUUCCCAGCUGCCUCCUACCCACACUGACUUGCAGCAUGCUCAGCCUGUAAGUCAGAAUACAACACCUUUCCCUGAGAAAAUCCUCUGGAUAUAUCUCCCAACCUAACAACUGAACCCUCCUCCCAAAAUGAUAACAAAGAAUCAGUGAGCCAGUCAAAUGACCUUUCAGAUACUGGCCCUUACUGUAAUACCAGAUCAAGAAGUGGUGUAAGGGCAGAGGUAAAUCAGGACAGGCUGUUUCCCCUGAGGGAAGCUCUACUAGGUGGCAGAGGUAGGAGGGUUAACUCCAGCCCAAAAAUAUAAACACUUAUUGGUCAUAGCUGGCCAUCUCACCCACUGAGUUGAAGCCUUCCCCACGAGAAGAGAGAUAGCCCAAACCGUGGCAAAAGUUCCCUUGGAAUAAAUUACUCCAAGAUACGGACCCGUAAAUAUUAUUGAUUUGGAAUAUAGCCCCCACUUUACAUCCAGAGUUCUGCAACAAAUCACCAGGGCCCUGGGAAUAAAGUGGGAGUUACACAUCCCUUGGCACUCUCAGAGUUCUGGGAGGGUCGAUGGGUGAAUCAAACCUUAAAGAAUAUCUUAACCAAAUUGGUCUUAGAAGCCAAAUGGUACGGGGUCAAAUGUUUACCACUAGCUCUACUAGGAAUAAGAACAAGACCCAGAACAGAUUUAGGGGUCUCUCCUUACAAAAUGUUGUUUAGGCUGCCUUUCUUGCUUACCCCGUACAGUACUGGGGAACAUCUAGGGGGGGAUGACAAUGCAGAAAUGUAUAGAAACAUUAACAACAACCCUAGAAGAACUAAGGAAAAGGGGCUACCUCCCCCAAAAUUCCCCACUGGACUGUAAAAUACAUUGAAUUAACCGGGGAGACUGGGUAUUGAUUAAAACAUGGAAAAACACUCCACUAACUGCUAACUUUGAAGGAUCCUUCCAGGUGCUGCUUACAACAAACACCUCAAUAAGAACAAAGGAGCAAGGGUGGACUCAUGCAAGUCGAGUGAGGGGUCCAGUGUGUGAAAAAUGCGUAUUUUACGAUUGGCUUUUCACCUAUAUUAAAAUGAGUGUUAUAUAUGUUAUGUUAGAAAGUGAUGCUGUAUUAAUUUUUUAAAGUAGUGUGUUAAAUAUAGUUUUAGGUUAUA